AUGUCCAUCGGUUCGGAUUCGCAGUCAAGUUCGCAACAUCUUUCGUCCUCGCAAGCAUCCUUGAAUCAGUCCAGCAAGCGGACGUCAUCCGAGAUCUCAAAAAUCUACAAGCAUGCGUCGCAGCUGUUUCUAACUCGGCGUUUACUAGAAGCCUACGAAGCUCUGCAGCCGAUAGUCACGCCGCCAGGGAAAAAGAGGCCAGAUGAUAGUCCUGCUCAAGCUCCAGUAGCGACUGCAACGACUAGCCAGCGGAUCAAAAUCUGGAGCUUGUACGUCACUCUGCUGAACUCAAUCGUGGACCUUGGCUAUGAAGAGGGUGGGAAUACGUUCGGCCAGAAAUACUAUGGCGACAUUGUUCGAAAUGUGAGGAAUGGCAAUAUCUGGGACCAAGUCGUCAGGGAUGGUUAUCAGGGACGAGAAGGUUCAGUGGAUGCUGAGGUGGUUUACAACUUAUCAAAUCUUCUCCUCGGACAAGCGCCUGACCAGAAGGUGAACCAAUCUCGGCUCGAGACUUACCUUUCCUCAUCGCAGACCGACCUCGAUAUCUCCACCCACCUCAGCAAUGCCCUUAGCAACGGCCGUCAACCAGGAAUGAAUGGGACAAACACACCGAAGGAUCUGGCAUCUCGAAUCAAAGUGCUUGAGCUGUUCACGCUGCACGUACUACCACGGAACGAAGAAUGGGACUAUGCCAAAAGUUUCAUAUCGAACAGCGAUAUUUUGGACGAGGAGCGACGCGAGGCCUUCAUGCAGACAUUGCUGGAGCUUCAGGAAGUCAGUGAAGGGCGCGACAAUGCCGAAGAGGUGGAAGAAGAUGUGUUUGAAGAUACCGAGGAAGCCCCAUACCCACAUGAAACAGCCUCUUCUGAACAAAACCACGUACACGAGUCAACCCAACCAUUGAAAACCACGUCAAAGCAUCAGAGGACGAGCAGUGAAGUGGAUUAUGGGAUCGAGAAGGAGCAUCCCAAUGGCACUCAUAAUACUAGCAUAGCGCAAGCAGUAAAACUGCCAAAAGAAGCGCCACUCAAUAGCCUACCGCCUCAGCCGCUACCCUCGUCGCUAUCCCCACGGCCUCCACCUCCUCCUGCAUCCGCACCCUCUGGCCGAAGUACCAUGUCGCCUCCGUCACAACCCCCUCGGCGAUCCACUCGAAAACCCAAGGCUUCCAAGCAGAAUGCCAUGCUUGCGCAGGCUCGUCUCCUGUUUACCGCGCUUUCCAACCUCGCUCGCAACUUGGCUGGCACGAUCUCGAAAAAUCCGACGAACAUUCUGAGAAUGCUGCUGUUCAUAUUAGCGUUUGUAAUGGCGUUUAGCCAGAAGCAAAUCAGGCAGAAGACAAGGUCUUUGGUUAACACGAGCUGGAACAAAGUCCGAGCGACAAUUGGGAUGGGGACAAAAGUGAGCUAUAUCUAG